AUGUUUCACGUUUAUUGGCCAAUGUUGGCAUUUGUCACCCUUAUUUUUGUCGUGGGUGCCAUUAUGGGGAUAUUUAAAUGGGGCCCAAAGUUGUGCAAGCUCAGGCAUACCACUUUACCUGAGAGCGAAAAUUGGAGGAUUAAAACUUAUGAACAAUCCAUAUAAGAUUGGCCCUUGGACUGGUUUGAAAUUAGAGAUUUUACUAACAAAUAGUUUAGGUUACAUAUAGGUUAUAAAUUUGAUUGAAAUUACCAGGGGUAAACUCUACUUAACUGUUCGGUUAACGUUUAUAUAGAAAACCUUUAGUUUAGCACCUAAUUCAUUUAGGAAUUAAGAUAAUAUAGGUAAGAACAAAUCACCCAAGGGAGAAACAAGUUUUUCUUCAUUAAACAUUUUUCUUCUUUGCUAUUUCUAAUCUACUCAGCCUUUACUCUCCACAUCCUCGAUUAUUAUUAAUUAAAAUUUUUUUAGAAAUAUGUUUUUUUUUUCAUAGAAGAAACUCCGUUCACCACUUAAUUCAGCUAUUUUAAAAUCCGUCCAUUUACUAAGAGAAAAAUUGUUUUUUGCUUUUAUACAUGUUUAAGAUGCUUGUAUUAAACUUGUUUUGUGCCUUCAAUAGAAAACAUGUACAAUUAUACAAGUUUUAUAUACAACUUACAAUGUGGCCUUAUUAUUAGAAUCUCCCAAUUAUAUUCUACUUCUAUUGUAGGUUUUUUUUUGAUUAACAUAAGUAUUUUUAAUUUUAUAUCCGUCCAUUUUUAUAUACUUUUUAUGAAAUAAAUUAAUAUACAACCAA